AAAAAAAACUCCAUAUCGUGUAUGGAGUAAGAGAAACCGUGUGUCCAGUUGCUGCGAAAAGGCCUUGGCAAAAGUGUGAACUUUUAAGGACCUCAAAUGCACACUCUGGAAACUGUGUGGCUGAUAUUGACAUUAGUGGGUCUCAACAGUUUACCUCCAUUUCACAAAUUUGCCAAUUUAGCCAAG